AUGAAACGUGCUGCAGAUGCACAACUAAACUUCAUCACAUAUUAUCACAAAUUGCUGCCAGCCAAGGUUACAUCAGCUUCAAAAGAGAUUGUAAAAGUUCAUGCGAUUGUAGAACAAAAGGGUCGAAAGCCAGUAUUGAAUACGUUGCAGUUGAAAUUUAUUAUUGAAAUGAAAAAAAUACGGGCUUUCGUAUCAUUGCUAGAAACAAAACACUUCCAACAACUUUUCGGUACUGUUGAGGUUAUGAUUUUAGUAGAAGCUGAUAAGGAUGGUGACGAGGAUGUUGGUGAUGAAGAUGCUGAUGAUGAAGAUGCUGAUGAUGAAGAUGUUGAUGAUGAAGAUGUUGAUGAUAAAGAAGCUGAUGAUAAAGAUGUUGAUGAUGAAAAUAUUGAUAAUGAAGAUGCUGAUGAUGAAGAUGCUGAUGAUGAAGAUGUUGAUGAUGAAGAUGCUGAUGAUGAAGAUGCUGAUGAUGAAGAUGCUGAUGAUGAAGAUGCUGAUGAUGAAGAUGCUGAUGAUGAAGAUGCUGAUGAUGAAGAUGCUGAUGAUGAAGAUGUUAAUGACCGAGACGACACCAGCCUCAAGCUUGGACCUGAAGAACUUUCUGUCACGAACAUUGCCAUUCUCACUGACAACCUACACAUAACUUUUAACACGCACACCCACCCCAACACAAACACACAGACACAAACAGAAAUUCACAAACUCAACCAAGAGUCCACAGCACACAAAAAAGCAUAA